CUUUAUUUCUUGUUAACAGUCCUUAGAUCCGGAUUCAACCAUCUCCCUGUCAUAUUGCAAUGGAGGAAAGGAAGGAAAUGGUCACCAUGGGAACAAGACUCAGUGAUGAUGGAAACCAGGUGAAGCAUGAUCCUCACAGGAUUGUGCUCUGUGUCCCUUGCAAUCUCUGGUUUGUCAGUGUCCUGGAGUUUAUCAGGCAUCACUCACAACAUGAAAUCCAAGAGGAGGUCCAAUGUCUCCUUUGCAGACAGUCCUUCAAAGGAAACGUCCACCUGGUUGACCACUAUAGUAACUUUCACAACAUUGAAGAACCUAGAGAAACUUCUGCGCUGCUGGACAGUUCAGACAGGGACCAGAAAAUGCAUGUUGAUCAUUCAUACUCACGGGCAGAGAAUGGUGACUGGAGAGAGACAGAUGUUGAGGAGAAAGAAGGCUUGACCAGGGAUGGCGGAGCUAGUGAGAUGAAAACGGAAAAAGGUGAAGCAAUUGAGGAGAUGGAGAUGGGGGAAGUAGAGACGGAACACACUGUUGGAGGAACAGAGACACCAGAUAUGGCUGAAGGGGACGCUGGAAAUGCUUUGAAGGGUGGUGUCUUUGGUAGCGAGGCAGAGAUCAAAAGAACCUGCGAGGAAUGGGAUAAAGAAGACUGUACUGAUGUUUUUAGAAUAAAAAGUGAAAAGAUGGCUGAUGCGAAAGACUUGUCUGUACGUCCAGAUGUCGGAGAUCUUGAUAUGAGCGACAAGGAAAAUAAUGAUGUUGAUUUGGAAGACAGUGGCUCUGGGAGUUCUUGUAUGGAUACUGGGUUGUUGGACAAUGCAGCUUCCAAACCUCACACUGAUGUGGUGGAAGCUAAAACAGAGGUGGAUGAAGAGGAAGAAUAUGAUGUACAGAAUACAGAAGUAUCAGAAGAUUGUCUACAAGGGAGGUUGAGUCCUUUCAGCAAGUUACAGGGUGAUACUACUCUAGAUUCUAUACACUCUGAUCAUUUAGAGGAGAAUGAUGAUAGCAAUACUUUCAUGGAGCAGAUACACCUUGAGACAGGAGAUAAGUUUGAAGGUAAUCUCAGUGAUGGUGAUGAUGAUCAUGAAGAAGAGGCUCCACUUUCAGAUGGGGAAGCACUUGAGGUAAUGCCAGAGUAUGAGGAAGGAGACUUCCGGUUUAUAUCUGGACUCCGACAUCGACAGAUUCAUAUUGCUAACUCCAACAUGGUAACAGAUAUUGGUAUGCAAGUAUUUAUAUGUCUCCACUGUGACUUUCUAGAUAGUGAAGCAGGACUUGUCAAUCAUAUGAAAAAGAUUCACGAGAAGAUAUUAGCGAUGGAGUACACAAUGCUACAGUUUUCCAGGGAAGUGCCUGUUGAUCGGGUCUUUCCAGAAAACGUCACAGGAGAAGAAGUAAUGAUGCUCUCCGAGUACCAUAAGAGAAAUCUUCAGCAAAAGCAUUUGUCGGGUGGAAGCAGAAAAAGAUCUUUCAGAUCUGAUGUUGUAGAAGGGAAGAGACGCCAUGCAUGUAUCAAGAAAGGAGGCACUGUAGAAAAGAAGAAGAGGUACGUUGAGAAUCGGGUGCCCAGUUUAUGUCCAGAGUGUGGCAAAAUCCUGUGUCGAAAAAGUGCCUUGAGGACACAUAUCCUUGGAGUCCACAGCCGCUCCAGGAAUCAUCUGUGUGAGGUAUGUGGGAAAGCGUUCCGGGCAUCUUACCAUCUCAGCCAGCACCGGAAAUCUCACAGGACCAAAACCUUUAGCUGUGAUCUAUGUGACUUCACGUCCGAUGUGCGCAUGGAUAUCUUUGAUCAUCAGCAGUUGCACCCAAACAACUUUAUCCUUUGCCACGUAUGCGGAACAGUGCUCAAGAGCAAAACUGCCCUCAAGCGCCACAUGAUGGUGCAUUCUGAUGCCCGACCAUUUGCCUGUACUGUCGAGGGCUGUACGUGGCGUUUCACCAGUGAGGCUCUCUGCAAAGGACACAUCGAGGCACAUAAUUCCCCUGGAGAAUUCAUCUGCCUGGAGUGCAAACGUCGCUUCCGGAAGCGGCAUCAUGUCCGUCGCCACCUUAAAACGGUGCAUGGUAAAGAGUCUAACGCUGAAGCUGAUAAGUUCAUUGCAGUGGAUGCCAAGGAGAUGCCUUCUGCUGAGCAGUUCGAUCAGAUACCUGUCACGCAGCUCAGCAAACAGCAUAUUGUGAUAACCACAGAUGAGCAUGGUACUCCAAUCUUCUGUGAUCAAAAUGAGGAACUUGUGUUCGAUUCCAAGACAUCAUCUCUCUUGCAAGUGACUGUUAAACAUUCUGAUGAAAUAUGAAGUUUUCAGUGACAUGUCUAGUAGAGCAUGUCUUGCUGAAAUGCAGCAUCUGAAAUAGUAUUUCCUUUUUGUAAAGUUGUACUUGUACCUCGUCACGAGUGCCACUCUAUGCAGCGAAGGCUUAUUUUUAGAUAUGGCACAUUGAACCUCAUUAAUUAGUGGAGACUGAAACCCUUAGCUUGUGUGAAAACAGGAAAGCAAAACAAAUUAAUCAAUGAAACUUCGAGAAAAAUUGAACCAAUAUUAAGAGAGUUAUGAGCAUUUGAAUGUUUACAUCACUAUUAAAUGUGGAUUUCCUCCCAUUUGCAAUGCAUCCAAUUUGUUUCAUGUCACAGUUGUACUACUUUUGACAUUCAAAUACUUAGAACUUUAUUAUUAUUUGUCCAAUUGUUCUCAAGCUUUCACUGAUCUCAUUCUUUUAUUUUUUUCUGUUAUUAUACAAUGUAACUUGAUCCACAUGUAGGUUAUGAAUAGACCAAAUUUGAAAUUUCAUUAUUACAGCUGUCUUUGAUUGAGAAGGUAUCUCUUGUACUGGUUUUUUUCACCUUACAGCAACCGUGUGAUGGUGAUUUAAAAUCUAAUUUGGUCAUCUGAA